CUUGUCUUAUAGUCACCCCUCAUCGUCCGACAAUAACCAAUCAUCGGUGCCUUCAACAGUGUCGCAUUCCCGACUUUCGAACGUGCAAAGCAUUCGUUUAACACUUUUCUACAGUACCACUCACUUCCCAAAAUGUCACUUCUCGACCCUCGGCAGUUUCUGCUUCCCGCUUUUUAUCUGGAUCCGACUACACAAGCACUUCUAGCUCAAGCAGCUUCAACUUCCCCGUGCAACAAAAUUUCGUCUUCUUCUUCAUUCCGCAUUUCUGACAUUCUCGAGCAAUCCCCAAACAAUUCAUCCCAUUCAAACGAUCACGACCCAUCGCCACAAUCAAUUAAAUCUGAUUUUUCAACUUCGCCAAGAGCAAGCAGCCCCGGCGGCGAUCGAAUGGGUAGUCCAGGCAGUUGCAAAAAAUCUCGGAAGGCAAGAACCAUCUUCACUGACAAGCAGUUGCAAGAGUUGGAGAAUACAUUUGAAAAGCAAAAGUAUCUAUCAGUCCAGGACAGGAUGGAUUUGGCGCACAGAAUGGGUCUCACUGAUACUCAAGUCAAGACGUGGUACCAAAAUAGAAGAACAAAAUGGAAGCGACAGGCAACAAGUGGAAUGGAUCUUCUAUCGGAACCUGGAAACCUCUCCGCAGUUCAGAACUUGAUCAGAAGCAGUCCAUAUUGGGCCAACUAUAUCACAGCCUUACCUAUGGGCACUCAGCUACCGAUGAUGGGCCUACCCAUGUCUAUGAUUGUUCCCCCAGCCCAUGCUUUCCAGCCUUCCUCCUCUUCAAAUUCUCCAUCCACUCACAUAUCCAGUGAAUCCCCUCAGUUGGAUGUUUCCAGCAACUCAGAAUAGUAUUUCUUGUGUUAAUUUUUAAAAUUUGUAUGUAAUAUUUUCAAUUAAAGUCACAAAAACCGAUCUCAAUGGGUUAGAUAGGGAGAAGACGCUUUCUUUUUUUCACAACAUUGCAUAUGUAUCGCUUGUGUUAUUUUUAUUUUGCUUGAUUAUGUCAUUUCCACGUCAUUAAUAAUAAUAUUAUUAUUUU